AUGGCGACUUCUUCUUUUCUGCUCCCAUGUUAUACUCUUCUCAAACUCUUCUACUUUUUGCUUCUAAUAGAGAAGAUUUCUCUAGUAUCAGUACGUGGGCUUACCGGAGAAUACAAUCUCAUCGACGUCGAGUCACUAAUGCCGAGCAGCUCCUGCUCCGUGCCUCAUAAUGGCACGAGCCCUUACAAACUAAAGUUGGUCGACCGAUAUGGCCCUUGCUCACCCUUGGGGAACCAAAAUAAUCUAUCCCUUGUGGAACAGUAUGAUCUGAUCAUGCAACAAGACCAAUCCCGCGUCGACUACAUUCAUCAUCUAGCCGUCGCCAACACCUCCAGCUUCAACCCUCUUGAUGCAAGAGUUCCGACAAAUGAAGGCAGAUCUCUCGGUAGUAACAACUUUAUCGUCACAAUAGGCCUAGGCACCCCUCCCAAGUUCUUCUCAGUUGAGAUUGACACUGGUAGCGAUCUCACAUGGAUCCAAUGUAAGCCAUGCGAUCUAUGCCAUAAGCAAAAAGACCCAAUUUAUGACCCACAUGAGUCCUCCACCUUUAGAACCAUUUCCUGCUUCUCCAUAUAUUAUUCCCAACUCAAAAGACAUAGUUGCAACUGGUGGACAUUCUUCGAUUGUCUCUAUGAGUUACAAUAUGGAGAUGAUUCUAUAACUAAAGGAUCCCUCAUUAAAGACACCUUAAGACUCUCCUCUGAUGUUAUUCAUAACUUUCGCUUUGGAUGCGGCCAUUUAAACAGAGGAAUUUUUGAGAUGGAAGAUGGGUUGUUAGGCCUUGGCCAGGGGUCAGUUUCGAUUAUCUCCCAAGCACCUCAAUUGUAUGGCAAGGUAUUCUCAUAUUGUCUACCAUCAAAACCCACCAUAGAUGGGUAUCUCGCACUAGGUAGCUCUGCCACUGGUGUGCAAUAUACACUGAUGCUAAGAAGCAUUAAAUAUCCAUCCUUCUAUUUCGUAAAUCUUGAUUCUAUUUAUGUUAACCAUGAAAAGAUCGAACUUCCACCUAAUGAGUUCGGCUUCCCUGCAACAAUGUUGGACUCUGGCUCAGUGAUUACCAGAUUGCUGCCCAUUACCUACUCUGCACUACGCAUCACUUUUAGAAAACACAUGGCAAAAUAUCGGACGGCGACUUGA